CUCGUAUCGUUACAAAAGGAGAAAAUUUACUAUUUAUUCAUUGCACUAAUGUUGUAAAUAAAGGGGAAAAUUAACUGUAAUAGCUAAUUAUAUUGUAUGUUGUGGAGAGAUUCUAUUCGGAUUGUUUAUUCAUCUUUUUAUGCAACAAAUUAUGUGUUCUAUGCGGUAGCUUAAUGUACUGAGUUUAUUUUUGUUAAAUUAUUGUAUUGCCCCCAUUGAAAACGGUUUAAAAAAUUACAAUCGAUAAUUGCAAUAUUCAUUCAGUGAUUUACUGAGUACACCAAUAAACGCGUGAAAGUUAAAGUAGCGCGUAAAAUGACAACAUGAUAACAAAUUCUUCAUUUGUACCAUGGACUUGAUAAGAUUUAGCGUUAUUUAAAUAAACACUGGUGUCGACGUAUUUAUUAUGCAGAGGAAUUUCCCUUUAAACAUGUGAUACAUUUUCUCGACGUUCUUUCAAAUAUUAUAUGUAAAUAAUGGUGUUCUGGAUUGUUUCUCUAGUAGCAAUUAUUUUGCAUUUCAGUUCUGCACAAACCAAACCUGAAUCACAGGGUUAUUGUGCACCAUAUAGAGGAAAGAUUUGCAAAAAGUAUUUAGCUGAUAUUGAAAAAGUAUGGUUCAAUGAUUCUAAUGAUAAUCCUGGUGGUUGGCUAAAUGAGCGUAUUACGACUAAUUUGUGGGAAGAAUUGAUACAGAGACUUGUUGAACCAUGUCGUUCAGCAGCAGAGAAAAUGCUAUGUAUGUAUGCAUUUCCACGAUGUAAUAAUUCGGUCGGUCUACCAUUAUGUUAUGAAGAUUGUAUGGCAGUACGUCAUCAGUUCUGUUUUAAUGAUUGGGCAAUAAUAGAAGACAACAAACAAAGAGAUAUUUAUAUCAGAUCACGGGGACACUUUACAUUACCAGAAUGUGAAUCACUGCCAAAAGUAGUUGAAGGACAAACCACUUGUUCUCACAUACAUUUAACUGAUAUGAAGGAAGAUCUUAUUACAUACGACUGUAUUAAAGGCAAUGGUAGAUUUUAUAUGGGUAAAGUAAAUAAAACAAAAUCUGGUUUGGAUUGUCAGCCAUGGAAUGCACAAGUGCCACAUGAUCACGAUAGACCACCAGAUGUCUUCCCUCAAAUUCGCUAUGGAGAAAAUUAUUGUAGAAAUGCAGGUGGAGAAGAACCAACACCAUGGUGUUUCACCAUGGAUCCUGUAAAACGAUGGGAACAUUGUGAUAUUCCUAUAUGCGAUAAUGUAACAAGUAAAGUAUUGGAAGUAGAUUCAAAGGAUUUAGCAAUGGAUACAUUAUUUACUCCAAUGUUUAUACUGAUAUUGACUUCGUUAGGAUUUGUAAUUAUAACAGGAACUUUAUUAUCAAUUAUUUUAAGUCACAGACUUCAUAAGAGACAUCAAGGAUAUAACCCAACAGAGAACCAGUAUGUCAGCAUUGAUUUAGACAAAUUGCCAAGCAACGAUGCAUACCAUAAAACAAGUGCACAGUUGAAUCCUAAAUUAGAGAAGCUCGAAUUUCCGCGAAAUAACAUCAUUUAUGUACGAGAUUUAGGACAGGGUGCUUUCGGCAGAGUAUUUCAAGCAAAAGCGCCCGGUCUUGUACCGAAUGAAGAAUUUACAAACGUUGCAGUGAAAAUGCUAAAAGAGGAGGCAUCAGAAGAUUUGCUCAAGGACUUUGAACGAGAAGCAUGCCUUCUCGCCGAAUUCGAUCAUCCGAAUAUCGUCAAAUUAUUGGGUGUGUGCGCUUUGGGUCGACCAAUGUGUCUUCUCUUCGAGUACAUGGGUCGUGGUGAUUUAAACGAGUUUCUGCGAUCUUGUUCGCCGGGAAACUAUAUCAUUCGAAAUUUGGAGAGAGACGAACACUUUACAGACUCUCGUUUAUCGCAUAUGGAUUUGAUCAACAUUGCGCUACAAGUUGCGUCGGGAAUGGUAUAUUUGUCAGACCGAAAAUUCGUUCAUCGAGAUCUUGCAACGCGAAAUUGUUUGAUCAACGAUCAAAUGAUCGUGAAGAUAGCGGACUUCGGGUUGUCGCAAAAGAUUUAUUUGCAAGAUUAUUACAAAGGCGAUGAACAGGAUGCUAUUCCAGUUAGAUGGAUGCCUCUAGAAAGCAUACUGUACAAUAAGUAUACAGUCGAGUCUGAUGUAUGGGCUUUCGCAGUGUGCUUAUGGGAGAUAUUUAGUUUUGCACUUCAGCCUUAUUACGGAAUGACACACGAGGAAGUUGUACAAUACAUUAAAGAAGGCAAUGUACUUCAGUGUCCUGAGAAUACUCCACAACCGAUAUACGAUCUGAUGAAACUCUGUUGGAACAGAAGACCUUUAGACAGACCUACAUUCAGAACAAUUUAUAAUACCCUUGAUACUAUAAAGCACAAUCUGGAAGCUGAAAAUAAGUCGGAUAGUGUACCAUUACGUAUCCACGUUUAAAUCCGAUAAAAAUGAAUGGAGAACUCUAUUAUCCAUACGAUUAUAAAGUAAGUGAUAUUUACAUAGAAGUAAAGGUAAGUAGUAAGUUAUAUUUACAUGUUAUACAUAACUGCCUUUGUUAUGUUUGUUACGUAGCCUUAUUGAAUGAAAUAUUUACGAGAAACGUUUUAAUAUUGACACAUAUUGGCCAAGUAUUAUGUUCAAAAGAAUGAAUACAUAAAUGCAUCGAACAAAGCGAUUAAGAUUUUUUAACGUUUCUACUUAGUUUACGCGAAAUUCUUGUAUAUAUAUUAUAUGUAUUCUAUUAGAUCCAUUUUGUUCUAAGUCAUUCUUGAAUCAUGUUUACAAUUAUUACAUUAUCAAAUUCAAAUGUUACGCGAGGUGGUUAUCGAUAAUGUCCUUUUAGAUUCCACUAUUGCUAAUAAUUUAUAUUUAUUAAUAUUUAUUUAAAUCUAUAUUGAAACUAAAGAAUCGAAGACUGGUACAUAUGGACAACACGCAUAUGUGAUUAAGAUAUUCUGAAUAUUUUAAAGCAAUCUUUCGCAUAUGUGUGGAUUUUAAUAUUGCAUUUAUGUUCUGUCUAUUGUGAUUUUGUGCAUUCCGUCAACGAAUUUUACAAUAUAACGUGUUACUAACUGCCACAAAAAGAAACAAAGUACAUAUUUAUGGCAGUCCAAACAAUAUAACACUAAGAAUGGAACAUAAUGAUACAAAGAUUUCAGUGGUAGUAUAUAAUAAUAGAAUGAUUAUUAUGUAAGUAAUAAGAAUCCAAAACUGAAUGUGCAAAGCAAAUAAUUUGUGUGUUGCUAUUAACUAUCGGCUUGUUUAUAACUUGUGGAAGAAUAGGAAAAUGCUUAUAAAGAAAAUACAGUAUUGCUGUUGCUCCUUCUCGAAUGAUCUGAUUAAAUUUUUCAUAGAACAUGGUUUCCAAGCUUUUGUGUGUCGAAACUUUAGUUGGUUGUUACUUCUAUAAUUAAAAAUAUUAAGACUGAUAGUACAUUUUUAACUGAAGUAAAAUUUGAUAUAAAAAACUCUUUUCAUCUUUGACUGCCUUUUUUUUAAUUAAAAUGCAUAUUAAGUUAUACUGGUUGAUCUUAUCAUAAUUGUAUGCAUAUUGUAUUUAUAUGUGUAAUUGUACGUAUUAAAAAAUAUAUUUGGUAUAUUUCCUCCUUUGAUCUGAACAAAAAUACUCUAAGAGACUUAAGAUUAUGUUACAAAGAACAGAUAAACUUUCCUAUAUAUAUAAAUAUAUAUACAAAGCAAGAAACAAUGUUUUGCUAAUGCCUAAGACAGAUAAUACUAAAUUUAUAUAAGUAUGUGAACGAUUUGGCUAUAAAAAAAAAUGAGUUUAUAUUUAGCAACGUUAUAUGUAAACUGUCCUUCAUUGUUAGAUGUUAGAUCGUUGCUGUACCAAAAAAUAUAGCCUAUUUAAUGUACGAAGAAUAUCAUUAAAAGCUAUUAUGAAGAAUGUUACGCUAAAAGAAAACAUUAAGUGAGUGUAUACUGUGCAACUGUUAUAGAUAAGGUUUGAAAGUAAAUCAUUACUGUGCUGAUAUUUAAGUGAAUGUUUCUAUUGCAACAUUCAAUUUAAAUUAUUAUUUGCUCUGUUUAAAAUUUGCCCAUUAUUAAUUGGUUGUACAACAGUUGUUUCUUGUAAUGCAGUAUUGUGAUAUAAUUUAAUCUUUGUUCCAAGUAACAUCAUGACUCCUAUUAUCUUUUACUUUUGCAUUUACAUUCCAAUGAAUUUACUAUUAUUUUUUUCUAAUAACAUCUAGAUACUAGAGAAGCCUAUUCAUUUGUAACCAACGAAUAUCUGUUCAGUUGAUUUUUGAAAGGAAUGAAUAAGCAUACAUUGUGCUAAGUGUAUAAGCUUACAGUUUCUGUAUACUAUUCUUGGUUGAGCAUUAACAUGCAAGAAGUGUGAAUGCAAUAUUCAAAUGCUCUUCCAUAGAUCUUUUUAUAUACAACUUUUAUAUUUGCAAAAGCAAAAGGAAACACUUCUACAAAGUUUGUGCUCUUAACAUCUGUGUAUUUGUAUCCUGUGUAAGUAGUGUGUACGUGAUAUCAUACUGCCAUAAUGCGUACAAAACGUAUUGUCUAUGACCAAACAAGAAAUUUCUGGUAUUAUAUAAUUCGUUAGGUUCAAAUGUUUUAUUGACAAUGUAGAAUCUAUUCUGAAUUUUAUGUACAACAAACUAAUCUAAUCUGUAAGGAAAUAGAGAUUCCUCGAUACUCUACUUUGAACGAUAAAUAAAGUAUUUGCCUAAUAAAGAAGUAAUUGAAAAUUAUUUAAUUCAACAGAUUACUGUUUAUGUUCAUUUCUUUUAUUUCAAAGAUAAGAUUGUAAACGUUUAGAAAAACAUUAUGUACCUUACUACGAAUAUCGAGGAAUUAUCAAUGAAAUACUACAAACAUGUUGAAAAAAGCUGCUAUAAAACUUUUACUGAUGUACAACUUUUACAAGGAAUAAACAACCAAUUUCAUACAA